GCUGCUUCCGACAGUUCAUCCAUUACUGCGGCUCCAGGCGCUGCGCUUUAAACGUGUUUUCUGUCCUGUUUUAACCUCAGCAGCUGCAUUAAUGUACCAGUUAUGAUCUAAAGCAGAUUUAAAACAGAGGUUUUUGCAGGAUUUCGCUUUAAUUGGGUUCAUUUAGAGCAGCCGAGUCCUGCUGUGAUGCAUUCACUGUCUCAGGAGAUCCAGGGAUUCUCCAAGCAGCGUCUGAAGAAGCAGAGCACGCGGGUUACCACGGUGACGGGCAGGAAGCUGCUGGAGAGGAGGAGUGAUGGAGGAGAAGGAGGAGAAGCGGUGGAGCAGGUGGAGGAGCUGCAGGAGGAAGGAGGAGGAUGUGGGUUUGUAGAAGAUACCAGCCUGGACCUCCAGGUCGGAGUCGUCAGACCGUUUCUACUGCUGGCCUCUCAGGAUGCUGCCCACGACGUUGACACCCUGCAGAGAUUUAAGGUGUCCCAUGUGCUGAACGUGGCCUACGGAGUCUCCAACCUGCUCCCAGAUCAGCUGGUCUACAAGACGCUGCAGAUCCUCGACCUCCCCGACACCGACAUCACCUCGUAUCUGGACGAGUGCAGCUCCUUCAUAGAUCAGGCCAGAGAUCAGGACGGCGUGGUUCUGGUCCACUGUAACGCUGGCGUGUCUCGUUCUUCCUCCAUCGUGAUUGGAUACCUGAUGCUAAGGGAGGAGCUUUCCUUUGAUGAUGCAUACGACCAGGUGAAGCAGGCGAGGCCGUCGAUUCGUCCAAACCCUGGAUUCUACCAACAGCUACAGAACUACAAACAUUAAAGGACUACAAACCAUUUUUUGUUAACCUUAACUACAAACAAGCCAACACAUAAAUCUGAAUAUCCAACCGAAUGGUACAGAGAUUUACGGUUAAAUAAUGUUCAUUAAAGAACUGUAUGUAAGAUGGUAAUACUGUUUACAUGUACACUGUAAUAAAUUACUGUAAAACUGUA